AUGAAGGCACAGAUAAUUAUUGCUGUCUUUUUGGGAGCGUCGUUGGCAGCGAUAAACGAGGAAGGGCAACCUGCCAAACGUCUGAUUAAGUGGGGCGAAUCCGAUGAAGGAUCUUGGCUCGGCGAAGAAGAAAUUUUUACACUGAUUAAAAGCGGAAUACAUUUUGUGGAUGUGACGACAAUUAUUCCGGGAAACCUGCGAUUUGAGGAUGUUGUACUAACAGCGAUAGGAAAUAUCGAUAUUGACAGAAUGACGACAUUUGUCGACCGCUUAGACAACUUUCCUAAUCGGUAUUACAACAAUCAGAAUGGAGUGGAUGCGGCGGAUUGGGUGGAAAGAACCGUGAAGGUUGCGAUAAUUAAUCCCGGGUAUGAGGGACGAGUCACAGUAACGAAGUUUAAUCACAGCUGGGCACAGCACAGUAUCAUUGCUAGGAUCGAAGGUAAAGUAUUCUGA